AUGUGCGUGGGAUGGACGGCAUUGAAAGCGGCCGUCUGCAUCGCGGGCGACCCGCAGAACGAGUCGGGUUUCGCGGCGGAGGAGGCGGCCUGGGAGGGCCAGAACAAGAUCGAGCGCGCGGAGGUCUGGGAGGUCCACGUCCAGAUGUGCCAUCUACCGAGCGGGGCGCUGGCAGCGGCGCCGAGGGAGAUGGGCGCGGGCGUUCGCGCGGUCGGCUGCGCAGUUGCAUGCAUCUGCGACGCGCGCCUCGAGAGGAAGGGGCCCGGGCCCGCGAUGGUUUCGAGGGCCCUUCUCGACCGAGGCUUGUUUGGCGCGAUUGGCGCCGACGCGCCCCGCAUUUCGCGGCGCGAGAAGCGCGCGCUGAUCUGCGCCAUGCUGGGCGAAUGCCGGAUCGCAAGGCGGGCGUCGCCGGCGCGAGCUGAUCGUCGCAGGGCGCUCGCGGGCGCUGAGUUCGAGAGCUGGCGCGCCCACUGGGCGUUCUCGCGCGAAACCAUCAAGUGCGACGGCCGCAGAUCGUCCGAUGUCGCGACGAUCGGCCCGGCGACCAGCUCGAGGCAGCUCAAGGACUGGGGCGCCCUGGCGGGCGGGCCCGCGACGGCGGGGGGCGUGGGCGAGCGCGGCGAGGAGUUCCACCCGAACCUGUCGCGCGGGCGAGAGCAGCCUCAUUUAGAGUUGCUGGAAGGGGCCUGCGAUGGUCGCGCAGCGCAGGUCGAGUGCGCGCAGGGCCCCGUCAAGUUGAGGGCGUCAGUGGCGCGGCGUGCGUUCGUUAAUGCGCUGCCGAGGGCUACCCGCGAGCUGCUUCGACCUCAAGCGCAGGGCGGCCGGGUGAACUUGGAGUCGGGCAACCAGUGGAGCGACGUGAGGCGCGCGGAAGUCAGGGUAGGCAUCGUCCACGAAGCACCGCGGGCGAGGCCCGAGGGCGCGCGUCAGGCACCAGAGUCGCCGCGCGCAGCGAUGGGUUGCGCUGGAGAGGCCCAGUUGCCGCGAGACGGAUUCGUCGGCGAAGGCCCGGCGCGGGGCCGCCGACGAGAGGUCAGCCGGGACAUCGCGGCAGCCGACGAGAGGGCCGCCGACGUGAUUGGCAGCGACGAGCAGGGCCAGCUGGGCAGGGAGGGCGAGUUGGAGGAGACAAAUCGCGGCGAGAUGUUGGAGAGCAUUAACGCUGCCUCUGGGCGGUCUGAGGCCGCGGACGAAGCGGCUGAGCGCCGCGGGCUGUCCAGGAACCUUACCCUGCUCAUCCUGUUCCGGCAGUCGUGGAAAACGAUGGCGGCCCACGUCAAGAUCGCGUUCCAACAGUCCGCGGGCGCGCGGAGAUGGCGCGCGGAUCUUCGGCUGGCCGACGUUGGCGCGCGAGCCCCGCGACAGCGGGGCCGUGCCAUCGCGGAGGUCAUGAUCGACAUCGGGCUCCUGCAGCGCAAGCUGGACAAGUGCUGUCUCCCAUCGUCCAUGUUGGUGUUCAGUGGGGACGACCCCUUCCUGGUUUGCGAAUCAGACGACAGCGUCGCCGCUAGCGGGGAUGAGAAUUCGGCGUGCGAGGCCGACCUCGUCAACGAACAGGCGCGCCCAGCUUUCCGGAUGCAUCAGAUCCGCUAUCGGGAGCAGAUCGACGAUGGCAUGCCGACGCGACUCGUGAUCAACGACUGGGCGACCGAGAAAGUGGCGCGCAUCAUUCGGGGGCUGACUGUGCGAAGGGCCCGCGUCGAGAUCCUGCGGGCGAACGAGAAGAUGGAGGAGUUCGGCGGUGCGUUGCGUUGGAUUAGCGCGUGCGAGCACAUGUCGGACAGGCCGGCCAAGCUGCGGGAUAGGGGCAUGGAGAUCGGGGGCCAGGCGAACGAGCUGGCCAGGCUCCACCAGGAGAUCAUGGACUUGGUGAUCGAGUUGGCAACGAAGCGCCAUCAGGCUGCGGCCCUCAGUGAGCGGGGAGACGAGCUGGAGGCCCGAACGCGGAGAGUGAAGUUGAUGGCCGAGACGCCGUCGCAGUGCACGCAGUGGACAGAUCUUACACCACCGAGGCCGCCCAUCGGUCGCGGCGAGAGGGCGCAGGGCGCAGGGGCGGGCGGUCGGGGGGCCGAGUCGCGCGCGGCCAGUUUCUGCGAGGAAGGACUUUGCCGCGGCGCCCCGCCGGCGCAGGGCGUCGAAGUCCGCUCGGGCAAGACAGGUGCCCCCGAAGAAGUCGCGGGGCGCGGGCGCCGGAGGGUGGCGGUGUCGAUCCCCGGCCGCGCGUCCGAAACCUCGGAAAUUGUCGCGCGCCGCGCCCCAGGAGCGCACGACGCAGCCCGCGACAUGCCCGCGACAUUGAUUGGAGCCCUCAAGAGGCGUGCUUGGACCAUGGGCUGGAGGCGAUGGUGCCGCACGGCGGCCGUCGUUGCGGCGUGUGCGGCGAGCGGGGGGUCCUCUGGCUCUGUCUUGGUGGCCGCGGAGGCUGGCCCAGCGGACGCGGAGGACGACCGCCCUCAGCCGGUGGCGCCGGGAGACCGCCCGAAGGCCCUGCUGGCGUGCAAGCACGCCAUCUGGAGAAAGUGGUCCCAGGGCUGGGAGGAGAUACAGGACCUCGUGAACGCCACCAUCGAGGCCACGAAGGCCAAUAGUACCGCUGAGCCGACGGUGAACUACACCGAGGCCACGCGGCUGCUCGCGGAGCGGCAGCUCGCCUUCUGCGCCCACGAGAUAACGGCCGCCGAUCUGGAGGCCGACAAGGGCAGCGGUCUCAGUGACAUGGCCACAGAGCGAUUACUGGGAGGCCCAGCCUUUGAGGUGGCGAUGAGCGACGCGGAUCGCCUCGCGUUCGACGAAGCCUUCGCAGGGGAGAUCGCAGAGACGGAGGCCCCGUCCAUCAUGGGCGUGCAGGUGCACCGGGUGCCGUGGUGGCUGCAGAUUCUGUAUAUGAUCGGCGUGGUCGUUCUGUUGAGCUACGUCGUGAUGCUCGCCGUGGGCCAGCUCACCCAGCGGGACAAGGCCCAGCCGCACGCCGCAAUUGCAGCUCCCGCGGCUUCGCUGGCGCAGGCAGUGCCCAAGGUCCAGGAGGAGGCCAAGAGGAAGAAGAUCGCAGAGAAGGUCUCGAAGGGGAAGGCGGCGUGAGCUGGCCCC